AUGUUCCCUGAGAAACCCGCCAUGGAAGGAAUGAGCUUGAAACAAGGAACAAAUUGCAGGGCUGUUUCUGUAUCAGUUGUUUUGCAUUCUGAUGGCAGAUAUAUAUCAGAUGAAAAGUUUAACAACUUCUUCAAUCUUCAGGAUGGAGUGGCCUUCAUUCUUCAAUCUGCACUUCUUUCCAACCUCUGUUUCAUCUCUCAGUUGCUACACAGAAAAUACAGUGGAAAUUUCUUGGUUGAUCUAUUGGGAAAGUGGAAGGAGUCUUACUCUGGACAAUCUGUCCCUUUUGGUGGCAUCGCUUACUAUGUCACUGCACCUUCAAGUUUGGCAGAUAUGGCAGCAAACGCAUUCCAUACUCUUUUCUACUUGGUGUUCAUGCUGACAGCCUGUGCGCUAUUCUCAAAAACAAAGUAA